UAUAUGUUUUAAAUAUAAAUACAUACGCAUGUACGUGUGACUGUGGCAAAGUGUAAUUGUAUUUUGUUUUUGUUUUGCUAAUUGACAUUGGGUUUGUUACAGUGACACACACACACAAAAACAAUCAUACGCCGUGGACGCGCCUCCGGCCUUGCUGCCCGCCCAACAACCCUUGCCAACAAACACUCCAACAACCGCUUUGUUAUUGUUAUUGUUGUUGCUGCUGCUGAUUUUGUGUCUGACUAACGCAGAAGCAAUAAAAAUUUGCGAAAAAUUCAAAUCAACAAAGGAAAAGAGAGCACUUGACAGAACUACGCCGAAUUUACGUCACGCUUAAAGCGUCACGUCAACAUGGCCAGUGAGCCGGAGAACAAGCCGCCCAUACUGCACAUUUUGGUGGUCGGCUUCCAUCAUAAGUUGGGCUGUCAGGUGGAGUUCUCGCAUCCACCACUUAUAGCUGGCUCCAGUGGCCGCAAUGAAUGCCCAUCCGGCUGGAAAUAUCUACCCACGUUGGCGCUGCCGGAUGGUUCGCACAAUUUCGUUGAGGACACUGUAUUCUUUAACCUGCCCAGUCUACUAGAGCCGGCUGCCAGCAUUUAUGGCGUCUCCUGUUAUCGUCAAAUUCCCGUGGAGAAGCUCAAAAUACGAACAGCCGACGUCACACGCAGCACGGUACAAAAGUCUGUGUGCAUCCUGGCACGCCUGCCCAUCUAUGGCUACAUUGAGGUUAAGCUGGCGCUCAUAGCGGAUGCGUUCUUCGAACAAGGCGACUUUAGCUGCACCGAUCUACUGGUCAAGGCCUACCAACAGCUAAAUGCCUGUCUGCUGGACGAGGAGACGCAUCGCCCGCUGCGCCACUUCCAUGUCGGUCUGUCGCUGCGCGAAAUUGUCCUCCACUGGCGCCACAAGACGUUGAUGCUGUUCAAGCUGCUGCUGCUGCAGCGACGCGUUGUCUGCUUCGGUUCGCCCGUGCGUGGCAUGUGCGUGCUUAUACUGGGCAUGGCCUCGCUGAUACCGCGUCUACUGGAGAAAGGUUUCCAAGAGGUGGCUUGCGUGCGCACCUCACGCCCACUAUCGCCCAUGCCUGACUUUACUGACUCGCUGCAGCGUGAGGCGGCUGCCGAAGCAGAAGCUGAAGCUGAGGCGGUGGUAGAAGCUGCAGCGGAGACUGUAACGGAAGCCGAAGCGGAGCCCGAGGCAGAGACAGAGCCUGAGAUUGAGGUUGUGGCGGAGGCAGAGGACAUGACGCUGGUGUCAUCGGCCGCUUCGGCUGCCUCACAGUACUGCAACAGCAGUGGCAACACCUCGCCACAUACAACGCCCAAUUCACAAUCUCAGGACAAGCGCAACGCACGCAGCAGCUCCUUGACGCGCGAGGCCAGCGUGGACACCUUAGCCUCAAAUCUUGCCGCGCUGUGCGCCAUCAAUCCGGAUGAGUAUCGCGCGCCCGUGAGCAUCUUUGCCAGCGGCAAUCUGUGCUUGCCUUACUUGUCGCUGCCGUAUAUGGAUCUGCUGAGCGAUCCCAUGGUACUCAGCUACAUAAUAGGCACCUCCAAUGUGCUUUUCCAACAGAAGCGACAGCUGGCCGAUGUGCUGGUGGACAUCGAGGCAGCCAAUCUGGAUGCGCACGAUCCGGAGCUGCGACGUCAGCUUGUGCUUAGCACGGACGAUCUGCGCUACAUGGACUACAUACUGAAGCAUGUGCAGGCGCCCAAGGAGGAUGCCGAGGGCAGUGAGUACUGGAUACGGGAGCAGUUCCAAGGCUACAUGCUGGCGCUGUUGCGCACCUCGGUAGCCACUGAUGUUACCGCCAAGGAUAACGAUCACUUCAAUGCGCACUUUAUGAGCGCCUUCAAGCGCACGCAAUGCUAUCAGGAAUGGCACGAUGUACGGCCCGACCCAGAGUUCUUUGACGCGCUGCCCGCCGGACAUCCCUUCGCCGGCACGCUCUCCGUGGCGGACAUGAAGCUGAAGCUGGCGCAAACCAUGCAGAACAGCGAAAGCGGACGCAAAAUCAAUCAAGCCGUAAACACCACAAGCCGUGCCGUAGGCGGUGCCAUUUCUCAGGCCAAGGGCGCCCUCUCCAGUUGGUGGUCAUCAAUAACCACAGCGCCUGCCAACAGCGCUGCUGCCGCAAGCGAAAGCAGCGGCGGCGACGACAGCAGUGGACUUGGCCACAUUGACGAGGCUGUUGACAGCCAGGCCACCCAAGAGAUCUCAGUUACAUUCCAGAAUCAUAAAGACGAAGCCGAACUGGAUAUAGCAGGCGUUAGCAUACACAUGGCCAGCCCCAUCUGCGAGGAUAAUGCCGAAGCAACUGGCAACGCGGCAGAUCAACAGCAACAACAACAGCAGCAACCUCAAGGUAUCGUAGAGAUUGGUCGUGAGGCUGAGCUGCUGGACAAGGUGGAACAGGCAACUGCAGCAACCACACAAUCUCAGUCACUACGCGCCGGCUGCGGCGGCGAUGUAGCGCUCUCCGUCGACCGCAGCAGCGGCGAUGUCUUUAUUGUUUAAGCCGGCACUGUAAAAAAAACAGCAGAAACAUUCAACUCAAAAUUAGCUUACUUUAAUUUAAUUCAAUCCGCGUGCAUUUCUCACUGUGUUUACUUAAUUGCGUUACUCAAAUUGGCCAAAAAUUAUGUUUACUAUUAUUAUAUGUUGUAUGUUUGUUUGUAUUUAUUAUAGACAGUGCAUAUUCGCGGACGCGACUACAAUAAGAAGAAACCAACACAGUAUGAAGUUAUAUCAAUCCAUGUGCAAUUUGUAACUAACACAAGUGUGAGCGAGACGCCAAUAUGUACAAUAUGCAGUUAGCACACUUAAGAGAAGAGAAGCACGCGCCGAGGUUGCUCUUAAGCUUGCCAUACUCUCGCUCUC